GCAUCCUGUUGCUGGUUGGCUGCAGGGGCAGAGCUUGUCACGGUGAGGGAGCACGCCCCUUGUUCUGUCCAAAACACUCUCCUCCACGGACACACACGCGUGCGUCGAAACUCUGCACCAAAACCUGCCGCGACCCCAGACAAGCACCCUCUCCUCUCACAUCUGGUGCUCAGCUGCCCCGGGGACCGCACUGCAAAAGGGGAGCGCCGAAGGGGGGGGCCGUCCAGCUCGGAGAGCGACCCCCAGCUGCAGGGCACGACCGUCACCCCCUCCGCUGCCUAAUCCGCACGUCCGUCCAAUCCUCCACCCCUGCAGAGGGCUGGGAAAAAAAGGAGCAGAGAGGCGCCCUCCUCCACAGCGUGCCUCAAAACAGCCCACAGAACCUGAGGAAAAAAGCACAGUGGAGAGAGAGAGCAAGAGAGAGAGAGAGAGCGAGGAAUCGGCAGCAGGAGAGAGACAGAGCCAGUGGAAUGGACCUGACUGCUUGCUGGAGGAACCCGCGAUUGCCCUCGGUGCCCAAAUCAGAGGAGGAAGGGUAAACGCUCCAGCUGUCCUCCCGCUGACCCGAGAUCAGACCCUGGAUGAGAAUGAACGGAGAUGUCCUUUAGCUGAGAACAGUCGUGUCUUUUCGGUCAGUGUUUUCUUUUCGUUUUUGUUGGCGCGACUCGGUGGCCUGCCCAGUGCCAGCGGUGACUGUCGGGGUCCCGGGGCAGCGGCAGCGGCGGAGGGGGAGGGCGAGGAGACGGGACGGAGACACGGUGUUGCCCCCGUGGAGGGCGCCGGGGGGGGAGGCCGCAUGGCCGUGCGGCGGAGGCUGGUGGUGGCGGCGGUGGCGGUGGCCCUGCUGUCCCUGGUCCUCAACAACGUGGCCGCCUUCACGCCCAGCUGGGUGCUGCAGGCUCUGGAAGACGGGCGCAAGCGCAGCGUGGGGCUGUGGAGGAUGUGCCCCGUGGCCGAGCGCGGCCGGGACGAGGCGGGCACCGGGCAGCGCGGCCAGGGGGCCAGGUACCGCUGCGAGACGCUGGGAUGGGGCUCCGAGUACGCCGGCUUCCAGGAGUCCCGCAGCACUGUCAAGUUGCAGUUCGACAUGAUGCGGGCCUGUAACCUGAUGGCCACGGUGGCCCUGACGGCCGGCCAGCUCAUCUUCCUGCUGGGGCUGCUGGAGCUGCCCUUCAUCACCCAGGACUCCCAGUGGUGGGAGGAGGCCAUCGCCGCGCUCUUCCAGCUGGCCAGUUUCGUGCUGGUGAUCGGGCUGGUGACGUUCUACCGGAUCGGCCCCUACACUCACCUGUCCUACUCGUGCUACGUGGACAUCGCGGCCUGCCUGCUGGCCACCCUGUCCGCCGCCAUGCUCAUCUGGAACAUCCUGCACCAGCGGGACGACUGCCUGGCGCCGCGCGUCAUCGUCAUCAGCCGCUCGCUGGCGGCGCCGUUCCGCCCCCGCCUCGACAACGACUACGUGGAGUCCCCAUGCUAGGCCACGCGCCUGCCUCCUCCCUCCCGGCACCACAGAAGAAGAGCAGUCGCCAGCAAAGACAUAUUCAGACCACCUUGAUUUAAAUUUUGUGCUUAAGUUGUAACAUCCUCUUCCUGCCAGGUUGACUAAUGAACAGUAUUGAACUUCUACACUGACACUGUGGCAGUUUAGGAGAGGGAAGGUUGAACAUCAGAGCAGCGACUGCAGGUCUUUAUUAAAUUGAAAAAUAUAUCAAUUUACCAUUAAAAUGCUACAACCUGAAUAUGCUGCUAAUCAGAGUUGUGGUCAAUUCCAUUUCAAUUCAGUCAAUUCAGGGAACGAACUGAAAUUCGAUUCAUAAAUAGAUACUGAAAAUGAAUUCAUUUUAUGUGAGGAUUUUUAAAUCAGUGAAUUUAAUUUCCAUAAUUUUUUUUUUUUAAUUGACUGAAUUGAAAUGCAGUUGACCGCAAAUCUGCUGCUAAUGCCACUUAGCUAAAUCACAGAACAACCAAAAUGCAGAUUAUGCUGUGUAUUUUGUUUCUUUGUACCCAGCAUAACGUGUAGAAAACAUCGAGGUUCCAAUGAGCAUUAACAUAAGGAUUAUAUUCCCUCCAUCAUUUCCUUCCGCAGUAUGUCAUUCACUGAAGGUUAUUCUGGUACCACAUUAGGACCCACCCUUCUGAAUUUCAGACAAUGUGUAUGAACUGCAUUGACGCACGUUCUCCAUAUAUUGGCCUGCAUUGAUAGAAAGAAUGAAGAACUUAAGAUGGGAGGGAGCAACACAUUUAACUCAUGGAUGCAUUCCUUUUGAUAAGAUGCUCGCUUGUGGUACAGUUAUUGAUGAAACCUAUUAUUAAUUAUACUGUUACUUUGUCAUACUGUUACUUGUGUGGUUGUGCUUUUUGCCUCACUUAACAGAAGAAAUGAAUGAAAAUAAUAAGUAUAUAAUAAAAAUAUUGAAAUCUUUG